AUGGCUGUCGCGGUCAAAGCUUCCGCUUUAUAUAAGAAAAAAAAUGGAGAAAUAUCUCUCGAUGCUGAUGGCAAAACCCUUACCUGGCAGGCAGAGUCGACGAACGCGGGGCUACAUAUUAACAUAUCCGUUGACUUGAUUACAAGUUCGUUCAUGAAUCUGGAACCUGGCUUUAUCCCAGCUGACAACUAUUCCUUGCUAGGUCUUCAAGCCACUCCACCAAAAUCUGCAAAGUCUAUGAUCAAGGUUUUCGUCCAACAUCCGACUGAAGGCACUGUAGAUCCAUACGUAUUUACCUUCUCUGGUUCCCCUGAAGAAGCUUCUGUUUUCAAAACAGCCCUCACCACCGCAAUUCAAAUAUUAAAGUCUACACCAGCCUCCGAUCCUGGGCCCUCUUUUGAAUUGAAAGAUGACCGGGUAGGGCCAGACUCAAGACCUGCUAAGCUCUUGCGCAAUAGAACAGAUCAUGAGCUGCAGGAGGACAUGUCACUGCAGCAAGCAGUUCUCUCAGCAUCCCCCACUCUGCAGAAGAAAUUUCAUGAAGCUGUUAUCUCGGGUGGUAUGACGCCAGUGCAAUUUUGGUCCACCCGUAUUCACCUCCUUCGAGCCUUCGCUGUUGAACAAGCCCAGGUCAGAGGCUCCUACAACGUACUAGCCACUAUAAAGCCUAAAACAGAGGACUCUGUUGUGCGUGUUAGCCUAUCCAGAGACCAAAUACAUACGAUCUUCAAGCAGCACCCUAUUAUCCAGAAAGUCUACGACGAGGUUGUACCAAAGCUUCGAGAAGAUGAAUUCUGGCGCCGGUUUUUCCUAAGCAAACUUUAUAAGAAACUAAAAGGAGAGAAGCUCGUUCCCACCGAUUCACAUGACGAUGUUCUAGAUCAAUAUCUAAAAGUUGGAAGCUCAGACUUUGGUGGUGGAUCCGAACGCCAAUUACGCAUACCCCAUAUCAUCGACAUCGAAGGCAACGAGGAUAAUCACAGCCAGAAACAGGGGAAUAGACCAGACCUAACGAUGCGACCAAACAAAACCGAAAACGUCCCAAUAAUUCGUACCCUGAAUAACCUUAGUUCGAAACUCCUGGAUUCUGUUAAUCCGGUCGACUCGAUUAAUGAGCAAGGCCCUCGCGCACAGGACAACGUUGAUAUCAAACUCCACGAUCUUCAAAAUGAUUCGCGACAACAAAAAAUUCUCUUAAAUGUUAGGGAUCAUCGUCAGUUUUUUAACGUGGAAUAUCAGACCUACGAAGUAAAGGCCCAGGAAACUCUAAACCGAGAUACCACCGGUGUUGACAUACUAUUAAAAUUGUUCCAAAAUACCGCAAGUCACAAAAGCCUAACCCGUAGGCCCUCAGACCAUAACCUAGUUCAUGAAGCUCAGCAGUGGCAUCCACGCUCCAUCGAAAGAGGGAUCAGUGACGAUAACAACCAUGCUUUGAGGGGGGCAUCCACCCAUAUUUCAACCAUACUAGCCAUCCGACGGGUUCAAAUGCCGGGAAGUUUCGGAAGUAUUUCGAUCCCCGACUCCCAAAUAUGGGACCAAUUGUUGUUGACGCAUGCAACCUCAACUGAAUUUCUACGUCAUUUCUGGGGUGCUUUUUUCUCCGGGGAUCCCAAAAAAAUAGGCGAUGUCAGGAACAUGGCCAGUUCCCUUAGCCGGUCUCUUGAACGGAUAGAAUUCAUAGCCAUGUCAGCAGAAGAAAAAGAAAAGUCAAAUACCGAAACAGGACGCGGAGACCCUGAUCGGAAACGGUCAAAGGGGAGUCAUAGGCCACUGAACGAAAGAGGCUAUGUGCUUGUGAAAAAGGUCAUUACACCUCAAGAAAAUGCCAUCAAGACAGCGCUAGCAAAAUAUCAACAGGCACUGCAAAGUACCUGUGAUAGCAAUUGA